AUGGUUCUCUGUGUCGUGUGCGAGAGGGAGAAUGCCCGCUACCGCUGCCGAAACUGUCGCGCCGCCUACUGCUGCUCGGCUUGCCACAAGACCCACCGCGACCCUGAAAGGCCCAACCACUGUGAGAGCCUCCAGCCGCCAUCGAAUGAAACUGGGGGAAAGAACGAAGUGGAGGAAUCCACCGAUAGAACGGACGCGAAGGAAUUUCAGACUCUUGGCAGCAACAAUGGGAACACGGCUUUGGGGGGCCACGACGCGCGCUUGAAGCGAGGACGUGAGGGUGAGACGAAUUUUAUUGAGGGCGAGAGGGACGAGGAUGGCGAGCUUGUUGUUCUUGGCGAGGCGCACCUGUCGGAGUUGGCGCAUGAUAAAAACAUCCGCAAAAAACUGCUCAGCAGCGAGCUGCAGCAGCUUCUGCGGGUUAUUGACGCAAGCCGAUCUCGGAUUGACGCGCUAGAGGCAGCCAUGGCGAAUACACCGGAGUUUAAGGAAUUCUGCGACGAAGUUUUGGGCGUUGUGAGCGCCGCAGAGAGAGGCCUGAGACCGGGUAUGAAGUUGAGCUGA